AUGGCAGACGAAGGAUCCGAACAGCUCGUCAAGGGAACCUACGCCCCCUCUCGGCCUGGUGACCUACGAGGCCCCUGCCCUCUCAUCAACAGUCUCGCAAACCAUGGCUACCUGCCUCGCGACGGGCGCAACGUGCGAGUUGAAGAGGUUCUCGCCGGCAUGGAUGCUGUCGGUCUGUCCAAGGCGCUCGGCGCCGUCUUUGCCAAUCCCAUCUUCAAUGAGCGCGCACCGUCAAAGUUCCACAACGACCCUGUCCCUCAGCGAACGUUUCUGCAGAGCGUCUGGCACACGAUCAGCGACCCAUGGUCCAUUUUUGGAAGGUUCGGCAUGCGGACUCCCGGGCAAGAGGACGCCGAAGGUCAUAGAGUUCUGAAUCUGGAUCAGCUGGCUCUGCCCAAUGUCGUGGAGCACGACAUUUCUCUUACACGGCGUGAUCAUCAGCAGGGCGACAACCGAACCCCUCAGAAGGACCUCAUCGAGGAUCUCCUCGCCUCAGCAAAGGACGGAAAGACAAUCACGGCUCAGGAUCUCGGAGACCUGCGCAAGCGGCGUAUCGAGAGACAGAAGGCCGACAACCCGGGUUGUCAGUAUGGAGCCUUCGAGCAUGACCUCUCUUGUGCCGAGAUUGCACUCGUCCUCAACGUCAUUGGGAACGGUAAUGAAGUUCCGUGCGACUAUGCCAGGGCAUUCUUCCUGGAGGAGCGGCUGCCCAUCAAGGAGGGGUGGAAGGCGAAAACGACGAGGUUUGGCGUGAUUGCGUUGAUAACGGCCAGGAACAAGAUCAAGAAGCUGAUUGGACUGGAGUACUAA